GAGUGUUUCGAAACAGAAUCUCUCCGUUGCGUGCACGUCAUCAUUCGCGAACACGUGUUGACGCUGGAGUGCGGAAGUGAUGUAUUAACAACACAAGUAUUGCUGAAAUGCAGCAGGACAAAUCAAGAUAGGUUGUCCUGAUGUCUCGUUCAGAUGUGCUGUCUCUAUACAGGAGGGUCCUGCGCAUUGCACGCAGUUGGCAGGCACAGUCCGGUUUGCUACAGGAUACAGACAUAGAGAGGAAGUACAUAACUCAGGAGGCUCGAACCCUUUUCAGACAAAAUGAGAAGAUAACAGAACCAGAAUCAAUCAAGAGAUGCACUGAGGAGUGUGAGGCUCGGAUAGAGAUAGGAAUGCACUACAGAAACCCUUAUCCCAGACCGAUGUAUCUUCCUCCAAUGGGUCUCGCCACUCAGAAAGGGAGAAAGCUGCGAGCUCAGCAGAAACUGAGGAAACAAGCCAAACCUGUGUACCUACAGUCCCACGAUGACACCUGAUAUACUGUAGACAUACACAGACUUUUAUUGUACAGAUCAUAAACUGUUUAGGAAAUACAAUUCAUUUCAAUCAUUUUUAAGUUGCAUGAAGGAAAAAUAAAGUCUGCCCAUUCAUGUUAUUCAUAACUAAAAUGGCAGUAUCAUGACAACAGGUCAGUCACAAUGCAAGUGCAUCGGAUGAGUGUUGAUGUGAACUAUUUUGGCUUAUGUAAAAUGUGUUUUAUAUUUAUUUAUUGUUAGCUUUCACAAAUAAUGUCUCGGGUAAUGUUACUUUACGAAGUCUUUUCUACUUUUCAAUUAAAGUUUUCAUUGAUUUAAUUACAAAUAAUUAGUAUUUCAUGUUUUCUUUAGUGCUGGCUCAAGUAAGAGCAGGGGAGUCAUUACACUGAUAAGUAAACAUCUACAAUUCAAAUGUCUCAAACAGAUUAAAGAUAAAUUUGGAAGAGUCAUUAUUGUUUUAGCAGAAAUUCAGGGGCAAAGGUUGAUUUUGGCUAAUAUUUACGCACCUAACCCUGAUGAUCAGGGCUUUUUUUAUAGAUCUUGAAGGGAUGUUGCAAGCCGCUGGCACCCCUCAUGAUAUAAUAUUGGGAGGAGACUUUAAUCUAUUGAUGGAUUCAGUCCUUGAUCAUAGUGAAGCGAAAGUGUGUAAACCCCCUAGAGCAACACUGACGCUUCACAGCAUGUGUAAAAAUCUUGGUCUUACAGAUAUUUGGAGACUUUUGAACCCAUCUGGGAGGGACUAUACAUUCUUUUCAUCAGUCUAUAAGAUUUAUUCUAGUAUAGAUGAUGUUGUUUGAAAGUAUAUCUUUUUUUAUAUAUAUAUAUAUGUUUAUUUAUUUAUUUUAUUUUUUGUUGGUCUAAUGGUUGAUGACUACUGUAGUACGUGUU